AUGGCCACUUUCAAGGUUGACAUAUAUUCUGACACGGCUUGUCCUUGGUGUUAUGUGGGUAACAAGUCUUUGGAAUCAGCCAUUACCGACUUCACCAGCCAACACCCAGAAGCAUCGUUUCAACUCGUAUGGCAUCCAUUUUUUGUUUUUCCAAACGUCAAGGGAUCAACGUACACAUAUCGGGAGAUCUACACCAGGGCCCACGGACCGGCCCGUGCGGCUGAUUUCUUUCGACGUCUCGAGGUCGCCGGCGCCCCGCUGGGCAUAUCGUUUGACUGGCAAGGCAGGACGGGCGACAUGGCCGCGUCCCACAAGCUCCUCCUCUGGGCCUCGGAGAUGAGCAGCAGCGGCCACCAGGACGGCGCCGCAUCGCUGGGGCUGGAGGAGGAUCUGUAUCCGUCGCCACCCGGAUCGCCGAGAGCAGGGGCUGCAGGAGCAACAACAACAACAGCAGCAGCAGCAGCAGCCGACGACGACAACGAUGAGGAAGACGGCCGAACACCGUUAAGGCGUCUGAUCUCUGCAUUCUACCGCGGAGUGUUCGAGCAGGGUCGCAGCAUAUCCGACAGGGGCUUUCUCGCGUCCGCUGCCGUGGACGCGGGCCUGGCGGGUGAUCAGGAGCAGGCGCUCCGGUGGUUGGACGCGGCUGAGGCGGACGACAUGUUGGCGGAGCGCACGGCGGCCAUCCCGGACGAGGUCUCGGCGGUGCCGUGCUUUGUGGUCCAGGACAAGUUCCAGGUGGGAGGGGCGCAGCCGCCCGAUGUGUUUUUGCAGGUCUUUGAGAGGAUACAACGCGAACAACUGUCGUCGUUGGCGGGAUCAUGA